GCCACCAAAACAGUGGCAGGAUUUUGUCAACUCGGUCCAAAAUUGGGUUUUAUGGAUCCGCUGUAUCUUUGAGGCGCCAUCUCGGCUUUUCGGAUCUUUAAGAUCCGACUAUGGUGCCGCACUUCGCACCAAUUUGGGCGUUUGUUUUAAAAUAUGGCAUUUGAAUCCAUGUUCGUCAGCAGUUGGUAGUUAACGUUAGCUGUAAACGUUGGCAUGCAGAAAAUCACUAUGCAAAGAUCAGUUUAGAAAAAAAGUUUCUUAAAAGGGCAACUAAUGGAGCAAACACUACUUAUUAUAAACCUGAUAGUAUUUAACUCCGAUUAUUACUGAUAUUACUCAUGGCUUGUAGUUCUGGCUCCAAUGCAAAAAUGUCCAGUCCAAAUGUCAGCACACUGGCGAUGGCGGUGACACCAGACGCCGUGGAUCAGAAGACAAGCCCGGUGGUAUUUGAGAUUUACGGAAAGAUCUGGAACGUGCAGGCUCGUUUGGGCCAGGGCGUCUCGGCCUCAGUGUACCGGGUGAACUCCGGCCGGGCGAGCUCUGCAGUUAAGGAGUUCCAGGUGGACGCGCAGGGCGGAGAUUACGGGUUCCUCAAGGAAAGCUCUGUGCUGGAGAAGAUUCAGGGAUAUAAAAAUAUCGUGACGCUGUAUGGAAUGUUCACCAAUCACAACCCAUUUGGUGUGGCCACUCAUUGCCUGUUGUUGGAGCUUUUGGAUGUGAGUGUGUCAGAAUUGCUGGCCAGGGUGAGUAAUCAGGGGCAUUCCAUGUGGUUGAUUCAGCACUGUGCCCGUGACGUUUUGGAGGCCCUUAGCUUCCUGCACAGAGAGUGUUACGUACAUGCUGACCUCAAGCCCCGCAACAUUCUCUGGAGCGCCGAUGACGAGUGCUUUAAGCUCAUUGACUUCGGCCUUAGCUUUAAAGAGGGACACCAGGAUGUGAAGUACAUCCAGACAGAUGGAUACCGGGCACCUGAAGCCGAGCUGCAGAACUCACUGGCCCAGGCAGGUCUGGAGAGCGACUCUGGCUGCACAACUGCUGUGGACCUGUGGAGUCUGGGAAUCAUUCUUCUAGAGAUGUUCUCAGGAAUCAAACUGAAAGAAACUGUGAAGUCUCAGGAAUGGAAGGAUAACAGUUCUGCAAUAGUAGACCAUAUCUUUUCAAGCAAUGCUGUGGUUUACCCGGCUAUCCCUGUUUUUCAUUUAAGGGAUCUGAUCAAAAGUAUGCUUCACAAUGACCCUAAACUGAGAAGCACAGCUGAGGCAGCAUUAAUCAACCCUUUCUUCAGCAUUCCCUUUGCACCUCAUAUUGAAGAUUUGGUUCUUCUGCCUACACCUGUCUUGAGACUACUAAAUGUAAUAGACGACAACCACCUGUAUAAUGAGGAUGAGUAUGAAGAUAUAAUAGAAGAUAUGAAAGAAGAAUGUCAGAAGUAUGGCAAGGUUGUAUCCUUAUUGAUCCCAAAAGAGAAUCCCGGCAAGGGACAGGUGUUUGUGGAGUAUGCAAAUGCUGGAGACUCCAAAGAAGCCCAGAGACUGCUGACAGGCCGAAUGUUUGAUGACAAGUUCGUGGUCACUACGUUUUAUCCACUGAGUGCCUAUAAGAGAGGUUACUUAUACCAAACUGUGCAGUAAAGCUGCACACACACCUCCAUAAAAAACAUUUAAAUUACAAUCGUGUGACUGCUUUUAAACCCUUGAUCUGUGUAUUAUUCUAUUGUGCUACCUUUAAUACUUACUUGUGUCACUAAGAUCAACAUUGUUGUGAAUAUAGGCACACGUGCAAUUUAACUUGGGUGGAACAAGGAGAAAAGUUUUAGUGCCUGCUUCCUACUUCCCUUUUUUACUAAAUGAUCACACCAUAAUAAGACAAUUAUAUUUACCGUGUGAUAGCUGGUUGCUAGACAUUCAAUACGUAUGCUUUCAUACUUUGUCAUUUUGAUUAUUUAAAUCUUUUUUUUAUUGCAGUGGGGUUGAUGCACUGCUUUGGUUUACACUGCCUUCUAAACAACAGAUCACUUCAGAGACUAGGUUCACGUGCUUUUUAAAUGUCUACGAUUCCAAAAAUGUGUAGUUUAUGUGGCCUGUUCUCUUCCGUUCUUUUUUUUCCGUUGUUAGUUUUAGUGAAGUAAGUAGUAGGUAUUUAGUAGGUAUUUCCAGUAAUUAUGCACAAAUUUAUAAACUACUGGCUAAAUGCACAGGCCUGCAUGCACUGUGGCGUGGUUAACAUUUAUGUUCAACUUGACCAUGAAAGCUGUUUAACCGCAUUUAAACUGAAGAUGGAAAUCUGCAGAGAGAGCACAAAGACGACAGAGCGGGUAGCCUUAUGCUAUAGAUCAUUCUUAAGCAACUUUUAUUUUAUUUUUGCUUAUUCAGGGUUGAAUGGAAUGAAACUCCAUGUCCCAACACAAAAGCCACAAUCUGUCUCAUCCAAAACCUCUCUGUAUAUGUUUAUUGAACAUUAUACUAUCGCUUUAGAAUUUUGAACUUGAAUUCCAAAGUAUAAUAUUAGUUUAAGUAUAAAUUGGGUCUGAAAACUCAUCAAAAACAUUUCAAGUGGACUUCUUUGGGAAAUACUCAAGUGUUAAAAUGUGUGGUAUGUUGUGCAAAGCAAUGUAACUCAUACCUUCAUAGCACACAUAUGUGAAGAUUCAGAAGCAAAUAAUCUACUCUGUAUCUUCAUUAAGCUGGACUGCCCUGAUGCGUUGAUAAAUAAUGCUGUUGUAAAACUCACUUUACUAUCAAAGAUACAGUAACACAAAUGUGUUUCAGAAAGGCUUAAAGCUAAAAUGCUUUCUACAGAC